AUGAUAGAGCAGUUGUCACAACACGGGGUAUUACCUUCUGAUCUAUCCCCUUCAUUGUUGAAGACUGCUAGGGUCAAGAACCCAAUGGCCAAAGGCGCCCAUGGAACAAAGAUUAUAGCAGAAACUGGAAAUGAGAGCGAGAAUAAUAAUAUUAAGGCUAGCGACAUGAAUGUACAGAGAGCAGAGGACUUGAAAGAUUUACAAACUUUAGACAUUGAUAUAAGAUGGACCAUUCUAUGUGAUUUGUUCUUGGUCCUGAUAUCUGACUCCGUAUAUGAUUCUAGGUCACGAACAUUGUUUCAGAAAGUCGGCAAAGAAUUGGGUGUUUCAGAGCUGGAAAUUGCACAAUUCGAAUCGAAAGUCACAGACGCACUGGAGAUUGAGGAGGGAAGUAUUCAGACUUGGGAUGAAAGUGAAAUAAUGGAAGCAAGGAGAAAACUGGCAUUAAAGAAAAAGUACAUGUAUGUUGGCUUAGCUACUUUGGGAGGCGGACUUGUAAUCGGUUUAUCUGCCGGACUGCUAGCCCCAGUUAUUGGUGCUGGCCUUGCUGCUGGAUUCACGACAAUUGGUAUCACAGGCACCACUGGUUUCUUGGCUGGUGCUGGAGGUGCUGCUGUAGUUACUACCACGGGUGCUGCCAUUGGUGCUCGAAUAGGGUCAAAAGGAAUGUCUAAGCGUAUGGGACAUGUGAAGACUUUCGAAUUUAGACCACUGCACAAUCAUAAGAGAGUUAACGCCAUUAUUACGGUUUCAGGUUGGAUGUUAGGUAAAGAAGACGAUGUUCGGUUGCCAUUCUCUACUGUAGAUCCGAUAAUGGGGGAUAUUCUUUCUGUACUAUGGGAGCCCGAGAUGUUGCAAUCUAUGGGACAGACUAUCAAUAUUUUAGCAACAGAAGUAUUAACCCAAAGUAUUCAGCAAAUUUUAGGCUCCACUGUUCUCGUGGCAUUGAUGGCAUCUAUCCAGCUGCCUAUGGUUUUGUCGAAAUUAGGCUAUCUUUUAGAUAAUCCUUGGAGUGUGUCGCUGGAUAGAGCUUGGAGCUCGGGACUGAUCUUGGCUGAUACUCUUAUAAACCGUAAUCUAGGUGUUCGUCCUGUCACUUUGGUUGGGUUUAGUCUAGGUGCAAGAGUUAUAUAUUCAUGUUUGGUAGAACUGGCUAGAAGAGGGGCAUUUGGGCUGGUUGAGGACGUUUUUAUAUUUGGUGCCCCUGUGGUAGUAAAACGCAGUCAGUUCCUGCUAGCAAGAUCUGUUGUGAGUGGUCGUUUUUUAAACGGAUAUUCUCGUAAAGAUUGGAUUUUGGGGUACUUGUUUAGAGCUACAAGUGGUGGUCUGGGAAGGGUGGCAGGUCUCGCUCCGAUCGAAAAUGUGCCUACAAUCGAGAAUUAUGAUAAUACAGAACUGGUGGAUGGACAUAUGGGUUACCGUAAAGCUAUUCCAAAACUUCUUCGUAACUGCGGCUGGGAAGUGUUAAGCGAGGAAUUCACAGAAAUCGAAGAUCCUGAUCCAGAUAAGCUCAGAGAGAAGCAACGGGAGCUGAUAGUGGAAUUUGAUCAGGCUAGACGGCAAAUGGAGGAGGAAGCCAAAAACCAGAAGAAGGCAAGCGGUAAAUCGAAAUUGUUUUCCUGGAUGAAACCCAAAAAGAAGGAAUGGUGGGAAAUGGCUGAUAAAGAUGCCAAUACAACCAGUGAGGCUUCCGAAAAUGCGCCGCCUCAAGCAGAUGAUCAAAUGAGCGAUGUCAUUUUUGAUUUGGAUGCUAUAAAACAGGAAGUAAAAAAUCUUGAGCAAGUGGAACAGGUGAAAGACAAUGCGAAGGUUGCUGAUACGAUCCAGGUGAAUAGUUCAUACACUGAAUUCGAAGAAUAUGACCCGGGCCAGUUGAAUGGUGAAGGUGAAGAUGUGCAGAUGACUUUUGAUGCAUUUGAGGAUGAUGAGGUUGAAAGGAACGGUGGGAAGCCUGUCUAUGGCAGCCAAAGUACUACCACCCUUCCCAACCAGGAUUCAUAUGCACAACACUCUCCACAUAGUAGCUCUUUGCAAUUUGGAGCUAGGGAGGCAGAGUCACAGCUAGAGCCGAAAGGAAAUUCUGAUGUAACUAGUCACGAACCUGCGCCUGUAGAAUCAUCGCGACCAAAAGCAGAUAGAGUUUCACUGGAAUCUACUAGUCAGGAUAAUAAGGACGUCAAUACCACAGCCAACAUUAACACUAGGUAUCCAGAAUACGAGGAUGAAAUUCCUGAUGAAAACAACAUUGUAAUGACUUUCGAUUAA